CGCUUUCUUGUCAAAAAAAGAGUAGUUUUUUUUGCAGAGUUUGCAUUUCUUUUAACAAAAAAUAUUUAUUAUUAUAUUUUUCUUUGUUAAAUUUAUAAAAACAAAAAACAUAUUAUAAAUUAAUUACCCAAAUGGCAGACGACGCCAACGAAGACAGUUGGCUUUAUGGCACCUCCAAUCCCGAUUCAACAACAAACGAAGAAGAAAAAUCCCAUCCGCCGGACGACGAGUAUGGAGAUGAAUUGAUUGAUGGAGUUGUUGGAAAACGCACUUCCAUUGACAGUGCGGACCAUCAUCACGCAGAAGUCACAUCAAAUCGCCGCAAAACCCAGAGCAAUGAUGAAAACGACGAUGAAGAUAUUGUUGAAGCUAAAAAUCAACAAAGUCCCGAUUCCAAUGAGCGUAGAGGGAAUCUCGAUAACCUCAACGAAAAUGACGACGAAGAAGAAGAUCCCGCUCAAGAAAUGGAAGAGGAUGAACAAGCUGCCGCUGCUGCAGCUGAAGCAGCCGCAGCAGCUGCUUCAGAAGAAGAAGGCGACUCAGAUAAAGGAAAAGAUCUGGGCGACUCGGAUGAGGACGAUGAUGACAGCGAUGACGAUAUCAAUGUUGUAAUUGGAGACAUUAAAUCGGGUCCGUCGUAUAAUAUCAAACAACGUACAAACCUCUUGACUACCGCCGGCACUGCACCGCAAGACAAAGCCAAGCCGACUCAAGGUAAGUUCAGUAUUGAAGAAUUCGAGAGCAUUGGCACGAUAAAUGGGGUUCCUGCGCCCGAGUACAGCAUUGACUCGCUGGAAGAGAAACCCUGGAGGAAGCCUGGUGCUGACAUAACUGAUUAUUUUAACUACGGUUUCAAUGAAGACACCUGGCGUGCGUACUGCGAAAGGCAGAAACGCUAUCGCAUGGUUGAGAGUGGUGCUGGUCUACAAAACUUAACUGGACCAAUGUCCAAUGCACACAUUCCUCCGCAGCAGAUGAACCCUGGUGGCGGCGGUGGAGGUGGUGGAGGCGGAGAACGAAACCCCCAAAACAGUAACCGAAUGUUAACUGGAAUGGGUGGUGGGGAAGGCAAAUACAUGAUGAUGCCACCGCGGCGGGGAGGACCUGGCCCGAAUGGGGCACCUCCAACUUCUAAGGAAAAUGUUAUUCAAGUAAUGACUGCAGAGUGUCGAGAAUAUAGUCGAACAGGUGGACCUGGACCGAUGUCGAAUUUCAUGCCAGACGAUCCUUUCUUCGAUUCUGAUCCAUUCGAUGGUUACGGUUAUGAACCAACUCAGGAAUCGCAAUGGAUGAACGAAAAUCCCGGCUGGGCUCCGAGUGGAAUCAAAGAGUUGACUCCUGGGCCAGGGACGAUGGGACCUCCAGGUCCAAUGGGAAUGGGUCCGAUGGGACCACCAAUGCAACCGAUGGGACCUCCGAUGAGGCCACCAAUGGGACCGAUGGGUCAUAAUAUGGGCAUGGGACCUCCUAUGAUGAUGGGCGGUAAUAAUGGAGGCAUGAGGAUGAUGGGACCACCACGCAUGAUGAAUCCCAUGAUGAAUGAACGCGAUUGGGAUAGAAAUGAACGUGAUCACAUGGAUCGGGGGCGAGAACGUGAUUCUCGAGAGAGCCGCGAUCGAGAUCGGGAUAGAGAUCGUGAAAGGGAACGCGAGAGGGAUAGGGAUCGCGAUCGUGAAAGAAGCGAUCGUGAAAGGAGUGAACGCAGUGAUCGAGGUGAUCGAGGUGAUCGAGAUAGAGAUCGGGAUCGUGAUAGGGAGCGUGAAAGAGAGCGGGAAAGAGAACGAGAGCGUGAUUGGGAUAGACCUUCUGAUCGGGACAAAGACCGAGAACGGGAUCGGGAGAGGGACCGAGAUCGAGAAAGAAGCGAAACUGAAGUUAAAAUAAAAAUUGAAAGACAAUCAGUUCCAAAAUCGCCACCAAGAUCAUCAAAGUCAGCUAAAACCGUACGAAAGGAAUCAUCAAGAUCAUCCUCAGUAGCACAAGAGCCCGAACGUCCAGAUGAAGAUCGAGACAGAAAAAGACGUGAUCGUGAAAGAGAUCGUGAGCGUGAAAGAUCAUCACGUCGUGAACGUUCAAGAAGUCGUGAAAAAUCAAGACGUCGUUCAAAAAGUCGCGACAAAGAACGCGAACGUGAUCGCAAAAGUCGCGACAAAAAGAAGCACCGAAAAGAUAAAGAAGAAAGUGAAUAAGAAUAAGAAUCAGACCUCCCCAGCUUUUCUCUGCUAUGCUGUUUACACACCCAGUUUUCUUUGUGUUCUCUUUUCUCCAACUAAGGAAAAAAACGUCAAAUUCAAAAGCAAAAGUAGAAAAAAAAGUCCAAACUAAAUACAAUUUUUUAAACAAAAAAAACUUUAUUUUUCCAACAUUUCUAUUUUUCUUGGAA